UAUUGAAUAAACAUUUUAUAUAUGAUAACCAUUUUGGAUUCUUCAUAUCAUUAAAUAAAAAUCUCCAUAGUUUUCUCAAAGGAUAUAAAGCUAUGCUCCCAUACUAAUUUAGUGGAAAAUUCUCAUUAAUGUGUAUUAAAUGUCAAUCCCCCAAAACCCUUAGAGAUAAUCUCAUUCAUCUCUGUCCAUUAAAUGAAUUUUGCCAUUCUUCAAUAUAUAUACAGACACCUGCACCACACAAAUCCUCCAAGACAACAAUCAUGGCUAGAACAAACAUGGUUUUUCUACCUUGCAUCGCCUUACUCUUCACAGUCAUCUCCGUUUCCGACGGAGCUGGUUUCACCGUUGAUCUCAUCCACCGAGACUCGUUACGACCACACUCGGACGUAAAAGUUCAAGACGCCCUCCAAAGAUCGUUCAACCGUGCCAAAAGCCUCGUCAAUAAUGAUAUCAUCUUUCCGCAAUCGACCUCGACCGAAAUAGUUUCGGAUAGAGGUGAGUAUCUAAUGAAGAUCUCUCUUGGUACACCUGCGGUCGAAACCCUGGCAAUCGCUGACACGGGCAGUGACCUCACGUGGAUACAGUGCAAGCCAUGCAUUUCGUGCUUCAAACAGAACUCGCCCAUCUUCGACCCGAAAGGUUCCUCGACGUACAAACAGGUUUCUUGCAGUUCAACCACUUGCACUUCCCUCCAAAGAAGCUCCUGCAAUAGCACGACAGGUACGUGCCUUUAUACGAUGAUGUACGGCGACAGAUCGUACAGCAAGGGCGACCUCGCCACAGAAAAGAUCACGUUAAAGGGCGUUUCUAUCCCUAACGUGAUCAUAGGCUGCGGGCAUGUGGACCAAGGCACGUUUGGUGCAGGUGCGUCGGGUAUUGUGGGGCUAGGUGGCGGUCGAGAAUCUUUAAUAACUCAAAUGGGAUCUUCGAUCGAGGGCAAGUUUUCUUACUGCCUUGUGCCUUUCCUCAGCGGGAAUGCGAAAUCGAGCAAGAUGAAUUUCGGAGAAAACGCGGUUGUUUCGGGCGCUGGUGUGGUGUCGACGCCUAUAGUGGAGAAAACUCCCAAGACUUUCUAUUACUUGACUUUGGAAGGGUUGACAGUUGGCAAGCAGAGAUUGGAUGUGUCUUCUUUAUAUGGUUCGAGCGCGUCCGAAGAAGGGAACAUGAUCAUUGACUCGGGUACGACGUUGACUUUUCUGCCGUCUGAUCUGUACUAUCAGGUCGUAACGGCGGUGAAGAGUCAGGUGAAGUUGAAGCAGAUUAGUGAUCCACAGGGGGUGUUGAAUCUGUGCUAUUUGUCUACAGGGGAGGUUCCUCAGGUUCCUGCAAUUACUGCACAUUUUAAGGGGGCAGAUGUGAAGUUGAAAACCGUGAACACGUUUAUUAGGACCGGAGAUAACUCACUGUGCUUUGCUUUCGCACCCGCUACGAGUUUCGGGAUUUACGGCAAUGUGGCGCAGAUGAAUUUCUUGGUUGGUUAUGACUUGAAGAAGAAAACCGUGUCGUUUAAGCCGACUGAUUGUAGCAAAGCUUAACAUACAGAAGAAAACCGUGUCGUUUUUAUUUAAAUCUUUAUUGGUUGGUAAUUGAAACGGCUAUUUGUUUGUUUCGUAUGAAUGAUUCACUGAAUAUCAUGUUUAAGGUG